UUUUGUAGAUGAAAAAAAAAUAAUUGGAAUCAUCAAAGACAAAAACGACUUGAUCAGUUUGCAAAAUAAAGCAAAUGUAAAGCAACUCACAUUGGUAAAUCAAAUCAGAAGUUUAACUUUAUCGUUUUUGAAUGAGUCUUUAAGUUGACCCAAUAUGCAAUUUGACGUCGUUUUUACAGAGUUGAUUUGCCGGUUCCACUUUCAAGCCAGAACUGAUGAUCACUUCCAAGUCUUUCUCAAAGUCUAAAUUUGAUAAUUGAUGCCCGUUUAACAUUUGCCAUUUUUAAGAUGUUCUACACGUCGAUGGUGAUACCACAUCUGAAGUAUCCAUAUGGAAUCAUAUAAACCAUAUGGAAUCCAAAUAGAAUACAAAACAUUAAAGCGAUAGAGGUAGUCCAGAGAAGUGCAACUAAACUAGAAGUUGGUGAUAAAUAAAAGUAGACUAAAUAAAAUAAACUGGAAUAAAUAAAAUUGAAAAAAUCUAAAGAAUUUUUACUCAAGUUCAAACCAAGAAAAAACUUUCUGACCAGAGAACAAAACAUUGAAUAUGGUUAAAAGUCAUACAGAAAUUUUUUUUCUAACUGACCAUCAUAUAGAGCAUAAUAAAUCUCUAAAAAUUGGAUUUUAAUAUUUUGAUUAAAAUGAUUAAAAAGUUCCAUUUAUUGAAAAUAGUUUGUAGAAGAGGAUAUUUAAAAAAAGUCUUUCAAUGAUUAUAGUUGUUUUAUGUUUCUUGCUAACAAAACCUGAAAUUCUUCCAAAUUAAACAUAACUAGAAAUUAUGCCCAAAAUAGAAUUAUGCCAGUUGCAGUUGAUCGUGAAGAAAAAGGAGUCUAUAAGGUUGUUUUGUUUGUUGCUUUGACAUUAUGUGUUUUAACCGUUCUUACUUUUUCUCUUCUCAAAUAUUUUCGAAAAGCAAAUUCAUGUUGUAAUUGUUGUUUCUGGAAAAAGUCAAUGAAAAAUGAGACAAGAAAUGAAUCUUUUAAAAAAUCUGUCCAAAGGUUGCCAAGAUUUCGAAAUUCAACUCACUUACCUCAAAAAGCUUAUUCCCAUGAAAGUUUAUAUCUACAUGUUGAUAAUUUUGAAAUCCCAGGAAAAACUCAAAUACAUACUGUUCAACCAGAUAGUUCAUCAACAUCUGACUAUUUUAGUGUUUUAAGUGCAUCGGAAGAUGAUGUUUCCAAAAGAACAUUAUUUUUAGAAGAACCCAUUCAGCCAAAACUACAUACAAAAGUUCAUAAAAGUAAUUCACUGAGAUCUUUCUCAUCAAAUACUUCAUCAGAAUCUUUUCAAGAUCAAUUGAAUUUAGACAUAUAUGCAUCAGAGAGAAGAAAUACUCAGGGGGCUGGUUCACUUGGUAAAAUAAAUUUAUCUUUACAGUAUGAAGAUAUAUCAAAGCAAACACUUUCAAUAACUUUUAAUGAACUGUUAAAUUUAACACAUUUAGUUGAAAAUAUAAUUGGAAUUCGCUUAGAAACUAUUCUUUUGCCUGAUAGACAAGUAGCAUAUCAAUCUAAAAUAAUAGAGCAAGCGAAUUUUCAGAAUAUUAAUCAGACUUUUCAUUUUUUAUCCAAGCCUCAAAAUCGAGACUUUGAAGCUCGUACAAUUUAUAUUGCAGUUAAAUUGGUUGAAAAAUCCCAGAAGGAGAUUGCUUAUGGUGAGACGCGGAUAUCAUUAUUAAAUUAUGAGAUUUAUAACCAAAUUUCAACAGAUUUAAGUGUUGGAAUAAAGCCAUGUUCUGCACAGAAUGAAAUAGGUGAUAUACAGUUAUGCAUGAGUUAUCAUCCUGAUCAGAAAAAGUUGGUUGCCAUGGCUAAAACGAUUAAAUUUAUGAAUUCUGCUACAAUACACAAUAUUACUAGUAUCCAUAUAAAAGCUCGCCUUGUGAAAUUAGAUGGCGUUAAACUUGGGAAGAAAAGAGUUAUUUCCAAAUAUUUGCUUUCUAAAAAAGCUGAUCAAUUGAUUGAGUUUCAAGACAGCAUGUCUUUUAAAUUAAGUUUGGAACAUUUUUCACAAUGUACCUUGAAGUUAAAUCUGCAUGGAAAACAUAAAAUUCUUGGUAAACAUAUUUAUCUUGGAAAGGUACGCAUAGGUGAAAACAACAAAAAUGAGACAGGAAAAGUUCACUGGUGGACUCUUACAAAAUCUGAUGCAAUAGGGUGGAACAUGUGGCAUCCUAUAUAUAGCUCUUAAAAAAUUUUGAACUAAUAUAAAUAUUUUUUUUUAUUAUUUGACUUUCAAAUUUCAUAUUUAUGUGUUACUUUUAUUUAUUUAUAUGUGUUUUAAUUUUGUACUUGUUUUACUUUAAUUUACAUAAACUGGAAUCGGUGGAAAUGGUGGUUUUUGUAUUGUAUUUUAAAAUUAAAAUAAUCCCAUUUAUUUAAUAAGCAA